AACAGGCGAGAACGGCCCCCUCAUUCCGGUGACGUAAAACUUCCAACCAAUGAGCUGCUGCGGUUCUGUUUCACAACCCAGAGGGGGAGGGUGUUGUUACAAAACUUGUGGAGCAUGUGGCGCCAACUGAGCCCAGUGAUCAGCUGAGAGGUUCGACCCGGGAUCUGCUCAGCAAGAAGCUCCUCUCACCCAAUAAACAAUAUGUCGACAACACGGACUAAACGUAAAGCGGUUGUGAAGGUGUUAAUGGAGAGGACUCCCGUGGAUCUGCAGGAUUCAGUCCGACGAUCAUCUCGAAAUGCCUUGGCUCCAAAACGUCUUCAAUACUCUCCUGAUCUAGCAACAGCGGAAGCCACCAACAAGAAGAGGAAAACAAAAGAGCGCAAAGAUGAAGACACUCAGAACAAGACGCAGGACCUGAAGGAGGAGGAGGAGGAGCAAAGUAGUGAGCAUGUGUCUAGUGGACAUGAGGGACUGUCUCUGUAUGAACUGGAGCGGCUGGAGAACAUCAGGCAGAACCAGGCCUUCCUGUCCUCCAUCAACUUGUUCCAGGCCACUGAAGGGCUCAAGCAGUUGUCACGACCAAAGCCAUCACAGAGGGGUCUCAUGAGGUCAAACACUGCUGCAAAAGAAGUGCUGCCACCUCGCAAAUCCCUUCGUCUCCAAAAUAAAGAGGCAGAGAUCCUGACACUUCCCCCUGAACCCAGAGGGACACUGAUCUAUGAAGAGUCUAAGUCACUUAAGAAGCCUGCCGGUCCUCUGCCCAUGGAUCCAGUCAACAUGGAGGAAGGAAGCAAGCUGCCAUCACAACUUUUUAAGAUCUGCUCAGAGACAACAAAAGAAAGAAAAGAUGAGCUUGAUCUGAAAAAUUACAGCUCGGCUCUGAAGAAAAUGAAGAUUACUCAGGAGAGAGUGGCCAAAGUGGUGAAGGAUCGAGUCUUCUCUGCUGCGUUCCACCCCUGCAGCAGCAGCCUGCUGAUGGCCGCAGGAGACAAGUGGGGAAAAGUUGGGCUCUGGAAGUUGGGUGCUGAUUGGGGAGAUGAUGGUGUGCUGCUCUUUGAGCCUCACACUCGUCCAGUUAGCUGUAUGGCGUUCUCCAGGGCUCACACCACCCAGCUGCUGAGUCUCAGCUAUGACGGCUCUCUUCGCUGUAUGGAUAUAGAGAAAGCAGUCUUUGACGACGUGUAUGACAUUAAAGAUGGCCUGAAAACCUUUGACUUCAUGUCUCAUGACUGUUCGACACUAGUCGUCGGGGACUGGUACGGAGAUGUUGCCAUCAUUGACAGGCGCACCCCAGGUAACUCCCAUGAGUCCGUCCACUCACUGGACCCAAAGAGUCUGCGUUGUGUUAGUGUCCACCCUGUGCAGAAGCACUACUUUGCUGUGGCAGAAAACAGGAUAGUGAGUAUUUACGACAGCAGAUGCCUGAAGAAAACAAAAUGCCAGGCAGUCUCUCAGCUGCACGGCCACUCAUUGAGCAUAUCCAGUGCUUAUUUCUCCCCUCACACAGGGAACAGAGUUCUCACCACCUGUAUGGAUAACCACAUCAGAAUAUAUGACACAUCUGCAAUGAAAACACAAUCUCCCUUAUUGACAAAGAUCAGACAUGACAUGCAGACUGGCCGCUGGCUGAGCAAGCUAUCAGCGGUGUGGGACCCCAAACAGGAAGAGUGCUUUGUUGUGGGCAGCAUGUUGAGGCCUCGGAGGGUACAGGUGUUCCAUGAAAGUGGCCAGCUCCAGCACACAUUCAUGGACGAUGACAACCUUAACACAGUGCUGUCCGUCACUGCUUUCCAUCCCAGUAGGAACGCCCUCCUGGGGGCCAACUCAUCAGGCCGCCUGCACGUCUUCUCUGACUAAGACCCAAACAUGUUGGACCAUCACCUUCACUUGCCUUUCUCAGAAGUUCUCUGAAGCUACAAGGUUUUCCUCAGGGCUAUUUUCCACUUUAAUUUUAACAAGAAAUCCUGCCACUCUCCAUGAUGGACAGGAUGUGUUAAUCCUCAUUUACAGUGAUUGUACAACGACCACAAAAAGCUCAGUUUUGGUCCAGAUGUGUCAGAUUUACAGCUUUACUCCCCCUUACAGCUGUUUAUCUUCCUUCCUCUCCUUACUCCAGAGGAAACUCCUUCAAAGUGCUUUUGAGAUUUUCUUCACGUCUCUUGAACUUUUCAAUCAACCUAACAACAAAUCCUCAUCCUCAUGUGAUUGUUGAUUUUUUUAGUUGAUGUUGACGAACCAGCUGAUAAAGUUUUAUUUAAUGUCGGACACGUGAUCUUGCUUCAGUUUUAUAUCUCAACUUAACACAGAUCAGUGUGUUUUUUCAGUUUUAGUAACCAGUUAGGUUAGGUAAAUAAAUUCAGUUGGAUUCAACAUAAAGUGAAAAAGCAAUGUACCGACACUGAUUAUUUCUGUUCUCUGUUCUCAAAUGAUGUAUACAAUCCAUUCAAUUUCUAAAAUGCUCCUUCUGCAUUCUCUGUGGAGCUGUGUCUUUGUUUUGUUGUGGAACAAUAGUUUCUGUGUUAAGUCGUUGCUGUUAAAUUCAUGUUUUUUUAUGUUACCUUUGAAGCAAAAACAAUAAAUUGUUUUUUAUACAAC